AUGAUGAUUGUUUUCUCUGCAUAUUAUAAUGUCACUGCUGCUCAAGAGUCGUCCAAAUUUACGCCCUCAAGAACAGAGAACCCUGAGUACAUUUCCCCGAGAGAUUUUAACAGUCACGUCCCCGAGAGAUUCUUGCUUCUUAAUGUAAGCUACGUAGGACUCGGGCGGUGCCUCCGUAUAGCUUUUUAUAAGGCGUGCUGGCAUCGGGAAGGAGCAUGUACAGGGGCUGGUGUAUUGGAGGCAACAGAUGAGGCUAUACAUGAUGGUGUUGAUGUUUCGUCACUCUCUUUAGCAUCCAAGGUUCCUUUAUAUCCAGAAACCGAUGUGAGGGUGGGAGCAUUUGCAAAAGGCUUUCCUGUUGUUGCUGCAGCUGUAACAUUGGUUCUUUACCAUUUGUAG